AUGCUACCGCCUUUAAACCCACCGCCGCCUGAACACGAACGUUAUUUUCGUUAUAACGUCGGCCAACAGCGUUAUUGGUGGCAAGAAUACAAUAAAACUAGACUGAGACGUGGUUUAAAUUUGUUUAUAGAUUCAGUGCCUAUGGACGAUGUUUCAACAUCUACCGGUGCCUCCGCAGCCAAAAGAACCUCCGACGGCGGUGAGGCUAGUGCAGCCAAGAAGAAGAAGCUACCUGGCACGGCUAACGAAGAAGCUAGUGAUCCAGAUACUGGGAAUCCUAAUCUUGAAAACGCUGUUAUACAUCGGGCAAUCCACCAGUCAAGCGGACAACGACUCGUUUUUAGGAAAAAUCAUUCUUUCGUCAGCUACGGUAUUGCGUCAGUUCAGCUCGUACUUGACCCAACUGGUUAUCAACGUGUGGGAACAAAUCUUAUGAGUGUACUAGUAUAA